GGCGGCUGCGGCAGAACCACAUGGCAAUGUCUAAGGGUGUUUUUUUCUUUUCUUUUCUUUUUUUCCUUUUUUCUCGGCGUUGCUACAAGUCGCCCACCUCGCGGCCGCCAAUCAAACUCCUUCCCCAGUUGUGCGCGGCAGCCGGUCGGAAACAAGAAAGAAAAAGAAAAGAAAAUCAAUACUGCUACCUACUGAGCGACAUGCCGCAUACCCCCUUUUACCCACAUACCGAAACCGGUUGUCGACAAGCGCCGUGAUGACUUGCUCCUAGCUCCUGUGGGCGUUUGCUUGUCGGCGGGCUGGCUGGCUGUCUGUCAUCAGCGGCGCGCUUCGUGCUUCUCCAGAGCCACCACCGUUCAGCCCCAUAUCAAUACGUCAAAGUCGAUCAUCGCUCGGACUGUCAGUGGCCAAUUGGGGCCGAUCUAGGCCGUCGGCCGAGCGAGAGAGGGACGAGACUCUUCAUGAUUGGCUCAACCCCCUUUUCGAGUCGAUGCUCGCAAAGACUCCGAGAUUGUAUGUGUGAAGUACAGUGGU